GCGGUAAAAGAUAAGGUAGGAACACAUUCAAGAGCAACGCAGCACAGACGUGGGGAAAUACUCAACCGGAAGCAGGACCUAAAUGAAAAUAAGCCGCUAUAAUGCGUUUGCUUCUGCGCUCUUCGCUACGGUACACAUCGGCAUUUCUUGGUUCGCAUACUGCCUUUAAAAGCGAGCUUGUCACACAAGCAAUUACCUCCUAUCUGAUCAAAACAAUGCAUUAUCAAACCGAAGAGCGAGGACGACCGAACUCCUCUGACUACAGGAUAUAUUUUAAAACCUCUGACGGGAAAUACAUCUCUCCCUUUCAUGAUAUUCCACUUCUCGCCAAUGGAGAUCAGGAAAAUGAUGUGCCAUCUAAAAAACUGAAGAAGAAUGAGAAUGAGGUUCUGUAUAACAUGGUUGUGGAGGUACCUCGAUGGUCCAAUGCCAAAAUGGAGAUUGCAACCAAGGAACCACUGAACCCGAUCAAGCAGGAUGUGAAGAAGGGCAAACUCCGAUAUGUGGCCAACGUGUUUCCUUAUAAAGGUUACAUCUGGAACUACGGGGCGCUCCCACAGGUGUGUUCCCCAGGUCAGGUGAUCCAGGUGAAAGUGCUAGGGGUCCUGGCCAUGAUCGACGAGGGAGAGACGGACUGGAAGCUGAUAGCCAUCAACGCUGAUGACCCAGAGGCCCCCAGCCUCAACAGUAUCGAAGAUGUCCGCAAGAGCAGACCCGGUCAUUUGGAGGCCACGGUCGACUGGUUUAGAAAAUACAAGGUUCCAGACGGCAAGCCCGAAAACCAGUUUGCGUUCAAUGGACAGUUCAAAGACAAGGACUUUGCUGUGGAGGUCGUUAAGUCCACUCACGAGCACUGGAGGGCACUGGUGCAGAAGCAGACUAAUGGUGGCCAGAUAGAUUGUAAAAACGUCUCCGUCUCCGAGAGCCCUUUCAAAUGCAGUGGCGAGGACGCCUGCAAUGUGGUCAGAUCGGCUCCUGCUGGUGGUGAGGCACUUCCUGUAUCUCCAGAAGUGGACAAGUGGCAUUUCCUUUCCAAGUGAUUCUGGACUGAAGUCCUGCGAUGUGAAAAGCUAAAGAUACUUUUGUCCAAUAUUCAAAUGAAGCACUUCAAGUACUGUAUUUUUUCUAUUGUUUAGUUACUGCAAAUAUUUUUGUAUUCAGCUGAUUUUAUUUCAAAUGGGGGAUUUAAGUGUCAAUUCUGUAUGAAUAGUUGUUUUGGUUAUACGCUACAUACAGUUACUGUUUGAAAUUACUGAUACAACAAAUAAUUUGGUUAUUCCCAUCUAAAUUUGUAAAUGUUUUAUUGCAUUGUUUGAGACUGACGUUCUUGUACAGACAGCCCUGUUGUAUUUUAUUUAAAAGUGCCAAAAUGCAUUUCAGUAAUGGGUUGUAUGCUAUUGAAAUAAGAACGCAUUCUUUGAUAUUCAUCAUUUCUCAAUUCGAAAACUAAAUUUGCACAAAAAAUAACGUUUUCUUAAUGGUUGGAUCCACCUUCUUUUGAUAAAUAAAAGCAUCCAGGUGUAA